CCUCCCCUCCCCUCUCCUCUUCUUCUCUCCUGUCGCUCUAAUACUCCCUUCAGUCUUGCGGGUUUCUUGCCUGCAGUCAUCACAUCCUUUUAUGGACUCGAUGAGCUCUCGGUUCAAAUCUUUUGUGUUUGUAUCAAAGCGCAAGGCAACAACGUCCGCUGCAUCUAUCACCUCAAACAACGCCUCCACCUCUCCCCAGUCAGGUCCCAAUUCGUCUUCAGCGAGCCUCCCCAUGAACAACCCAAACCACCUGGGCCGCCCACCGAGCUACUCUUACACCGCUGGUGGGCGACCGGCAAGCCCGUUGCCACCAGGACAGCAUCAGCAGCUGGCCCAUCAUCCUCCUCCUCUCAAUACUGGCGUCGGGUAUUCCCAUCACGGACAUAUGGCCGGUGCCGCUCCGCCUCCCCCCGGCUACGGCUACCCUCACCCGCAGCAUACCAGCAUUCCUCCUUCCAUAUCACAGUAUCCACCUGGCCGACCUCACACUGAGCUGGAAGGUGGUGGCAGGAGCAAGGCCCAGCUCAUCGUCGGUAUUGAUUUCGGAACUACGUUCUCCGGUGUCGCUUACGCGUUUGCAACAAAUACGGAAGCGAGAGAAGACAUAAUAACCGAAUGGCCUGGUGCCGGAAUCCAUAUAAAACAAAAGAUUCCCACUGUUUUAUACUACGACCAGUAUCAAAAGGUAGUGGGAUGGGGUCCGGAUAUCGCCGACGCGCUUGCUCCCACUGGUUAUCCAAAACAAGGCGUCCAAAAGGUUGAAUGGUUUAAGCUGCAGUUAAUGAUCUCAGGGAACACAUACAUCGAUCCCAUUAAUUUACCCCCUUUGCCUCCAGGAAAGUCAGAGAUCGAUGUUGCAGCCGACUAUCUGUUCAAACUCCGCGGAGCAAUGAGAAAUCAAUUACUCAAGACUCUUGGCGAGGUGUUCACACGAGAGGAGCGAAACAUUCGUUAUUUCUUAACUGUGCCGGCCAUCUGGAAUGAUGCCGGAAAAGCCGCUACUCGUGCAGCUGCUAUCCAAGCUGGGUUUUUGCGUGACGAGAACGACAACCGGCUCACUCUUAUUACCGAACCUGAAGCAGCAGCUAUGUUUUGUGCAAAGAGCGGCCUCCUUAGUCUGAAGAUGCAUGAUGCCAUUCUGAUCGUGGAUUGCGGCGGUGGCACCGUCGAUCUUAUCGCAUAUGAAGUUGAAGAAGAACACCCCUUCUCUGUGUGUGAAUGCACCGCUGGUUCUGGAGAUUCUUGUGGAUCCACCGCACUCAACAGAAACUUUAGCAACAUUCUAAGAGCAAAGAUUCGAAAAAUGAAGUUGCCGGAUGGCUCGAGGACGGCUGGAAAGGUCUAUGCCAAAUGUAUCAUGGAUUUCGAAAACAGAAUCAAGGCAGACUUCCGGAACAAUGGCCAGAAAUGGGCUGUCGAUGUCGGAAUUGAAGCGGACUUCCCAGAUGCCGGCAUCGAAGAGGGGUAUAUGACUUUCACCAAUGAAGAAAUUCUUCAAUGCUUUGAGCCCGUUGUGAAUAGGAUCUUGGAGCUUGUGCGAAACCAGAUCAUCGCCAUUCAAGCCCAGAAUCGACCUCUCCAGAAUAUCCUUGUCGUUGGUGGCUUUGGUGCAUCCGAAUACCUCUUCCAGCAGAUCAAGUUACAUGUUCCCCCACAAUAUCAAACCAAAGUCGUCCGACCAAUGGACUCUGUUGCUGCUAUAGUCAAGGGUGCUGUCACGGCUGGUAUCACCGAACGCGUCGUUACCUCUCGCGUGGCCCGUCGCCACUAUUUAAUGGCAACGUUGCAACCAUUCAAAGAAGGUCACCACCCUGAACAAUAUCGUGUUCCGAGCUUGGAUGGUAAGGACAGAUGCAAGUAUACUCGGCAGAUUUUUGUCCAAAAAGGCGAAAGAGUCAAGAUUGGAGAACCGGUUAAAGUCAGCUUCUUCCGUCAAGUUGCUCCUGGUGCAACUCUGAUGUACGAGGAUAUCCUGUACGCUUGUGAUGAGGAUGUGUGCCCGGAAUACACUAAGGAUCCACGUAUCAAGGAAGUCGUCACUCUUACAUCAGAUCUUUCUCGGAAGAACCUCGAGAAAGAUUUUGAACGCAUGGAUACUCCUCAAGGCACGUUUUAUCGAGUUUACUUUGACAUUUAUCUUACCCUCGACGGAAGCGAAUUUAAUGCGGAGCUCGUCUGCCAAGGAGAGGUCAUGGGCCGAUGCUCUGCCCGAUUCCGGUAAACGGCUUCUUUGCAGCAUUUUUCGUUUCGAUUUCGCAUAUAAUCAGCGAUCCGAAACGGAAUGCCCCGCAUAUCUCUCAAUCAUGGAAAUAUGGAAAAGCUGGAGUUCAGGAUGGUACAAAUUCGAUGAUAGAUCUCCUUACAUUUUCUCGCCAUUCAGGUUGUUGAGAUGUGUUUUCCCCAACACUCAACUUUAAACCCAACCUACAAACAUUGUCAAUGGUUACCUGUUUCUUUUCGUCCCAUCUCGAGCAAUGAUGUUAUGGCAAUGUGAUACCCCCCCUUUUUUUCAUAUUUAUUCACUUCUAUGCCCCUUAGUACCAUUUUCGCUGCCAUUUAUUCUCAUUCCUACCGGUAUACAAUUUGAAACUUCUCUUCCCCUCGCCUUGGAUACUUCAAUGCCAGGAUAGAUUUGGUAUUGACAACCAGGUUCUAUCUUAAAUAUGUGCACAAUUCUGCUAAGCCGGUCCUGUCCGGUGCUACACGAUAGCUGGGUGGCCUUUAGCUGUUUUGAACAGAAACAUCAUGAGAAGCUGGGAUGAAACCCUUUUUUUUUUUUUUUUUUUCUUUCCUUUUUUUGAGAUUUUAGCAAAUGGCCAUCUUCUCCCUUAUCUUCUUUCCCUUGCAGAGUUUGGGUUCUAUAAGGCAACUGCCCUUUAAUAGUCCGAAGCAAUUCUUGUUGAAGGAAAUUAUCCACGGUGCGUCGUGUGGAUUCAUUUCAGCCUACAUUCAGAGUGCCUUGAUAUCACCGUGUCUACUGAGUACGCUGUCGUUUCUCCCUAUGAGCUUUGAUAUCU